AUGCUCGGUGACUUCAGCCGACCACUAUGUCUUUCGAGCCAACGAUCAAACAACCAAGUUGCAUACGGCACCAAAACUAUUUCAACAAAUAAAUCGCAACCCAAAGGUAUCCAAUUGGGUUCGUCCAGAGGGCCACAUUCAUACCGACCUACACGCUACACCCAGCCUUUACGACCCAGUCUCUUCCAAAAUCAGAUCGAACAUCGGGCUCCAUACACUACACAGGCUAGUACAUCUGGGGAGCCGACGAUACACGACAUAUUCGAAAGUAGAACGGGCACAUGGCAGUACGUGGUUGUCGAUCCAUCGACGCUGGCGGCAGUCAUUAUCGACCCGGUCUUAGACUACGAUGCAGCCACCAAUUCUGUGACCACUACCGCAGCGGACUCAUUGCUCGCCUUGGUUCAGGAGAAGGGAUACAAUGUCGAAAGAAUCCUCGAAACGCACGUUCAUGCGGAUCAUCUAACUGCGGCAUCGUAUCUCCAGAGCCGUUUGGCUCAGCAGCAAGGCCACUCGCCACCCAUCGGCAUCGGAAAGCGCAUCGAGCAGGUGCAGAAAUUGUUCAGCCAGCGGUAUGGCGUUCCGGAGCAGGAAUACAAGGGAAUUUUCAACAAGCUUUUUGACGAUAACGAGGUGUUCAACAUUGGAAAGUUGGAAGCCAUGGCAAUCCAUCUCCCGGGUCAUACGCCAGACCAUCUAGGCUAUAAGAUUGGAGAUAAUGUGUUCUGUGGCGAUUCGCUUUUCCACGCAGAUAUUGGCACCGCACGCUGUGAUUUCCCCGGUGGGAGUGCAAAUAGUCUCUUUCAAUCGGGACACAAGCUUCUCGGCUUACCGGACCGCGUAAAGAUCUGGACUGGUCAUGAUUAUCCCCCAGAGGAGCGCAAAUCUCCCAUGUCAUGGAUGAGUGUUGAGGACCACAAAGCCGAGAACAAGCACCUCAAGGCCGGUAUCACCGAGGAUGAGUUCGUGGCCCUUCGGAAGGAACGUGAUACGAAGCUGGCAGAACCCAAGUUGCUGCACCAGUCCCUUCAGAUCAAUAUCCGAGCAGGACAUCUUCCCGAGCCUACGGAGACAGGGCAUCGGAUGCUUCAUCUUCCGUUGAAGCUAAAGGGGGUGGAAUGGUAG